AUGGAAGACAUUAUUUCAAAUUUUAGACAAUUUUGUGACAAAUUAAGAUUACUUAGAGCUAAUUUCAUGAAUUCAAUUUGUUCAAACAGUUGGAUAGCAUUCAUGUUUUCAGCCAUCAAAGAGAAAAUCACAGAAGUAUCAACAACUGACUUUGAACAGGAAAUAUUGACCUAUAUUCAACAAUGGAAAGAACAAAUUAUUUAUUCGUAUAUGGAAAUUUAUUUUUGUGGCGAUUCUUCUCACGAAAUGUUCAAUACUCUUAAAUCACAGGUUGAUUAUUUUGUGUUUGAAAAUUUAGCCAAGAUUAGAAUAAGUCAAAUUUUCGAUAUCGUUAUUGAUUUCCCAAAUAGCCAACAAGCAAUAACGGAUUUAAAGGACUGUUUAAAUCAUUGUGGAAUGCAUAAUGAGCUUGUUAAAGAACUAAGUAAGGGUGUAAAAUCUAGAUUACUUUUAGCGAGUGUAGAAACCAAGAAUAUUAUAAUGGCUUUUAUUAGAAUAAUCAAAUCUCUUCUCAUAAUUGAUCCAACUGGGAUUUCGUUAGAAAGCGUAUCAUUCCAUAUCAAGGAAUACUUACGUGAAAAACGUCCAGAUGCUGUCAGAUGUAUAAUUAAUGAAAUGACCGAUGAACAAAAUGAUUCUGCUCUUUACCGUGAAUUGUUGACCUCAGAACCACAAAGCAGUUUAGAUUACGAUUCGGAUGAUGCAAGUGAGAAUUGGAAUCCAAAACCUAUUCAUCCUUCUUCAUCUAAAUCUAAAAUGGAGAAACCUGAUAUUAUCAAAAUAUUCAUAGAAAUGUACAGAGGAAAUAAGGAAAUAUUUGUUAAUGAAUAUAGAAUGAUACUGGCUGAGUCACUUUUGAAGAAUGAAACCUAUGAUACCAAUAACGAAGCCAAGAUGGCUGAAUUGUUGAAAAUUAGGUUUGGUGAUAAGAAUAUGCAAAAUUGUGAAAUUAUGCUGAAAGAUAUUUCCGAUUCCAAAUUCCUUAACUCUGGCAUUCAAUCUAGACUUGCAAAUAGAAGUGAUUACAUUGAACUUUCUAACAGUCAAAUUGCUGAAAUUUCAAUUCAAGCAGACUCCCAAAUUCCAAGUGUGUUCAUGCUAUCUAAGAAUUAUUGGCCUCAGGUAGUAUUCAAUCAAGGUGCACCUCCUGGACAGCAAUUGAUGACUGAUGAAAACAAGCCUACAAUCCUAUUGCAUCCAUUUAUUGAACAAUUAAUGGAAGAAUAUGCAAAUCAAUAUAAUGCUAUUAAGGCCCCUAGAAAAUUAUUAUGGGAAAAGCAAAUGGGUUCAAUAGAUUUUGAUAUUGAAAUUGGAGGUGAAGAGCUAGAGCUCACCAACAUUCAUCCUGUUGCUGCAUCUAUUCUAUUCCACUUCUCUGAUAGAAAUGUUUGGACUAUGGAUGAAAUAAUGGAAAUGAUGAAGAUUGACGAUAAAACAUUCCAAAAACGUAUUAAUACUUGGGUAAAGAGAGGAAUUAUUAUAGAUGAGGGAAAUAAGACGUACAGAUUAGUGGAUAGUCUGACUUCUGCCGCCACUGAACAAGGAGAAGAUGAAAACAUGGAAGAGAUGACAACUGCUCAAAGUCAAGAAGAAGAACUCAGAGUUUAUCAAGAUAUUAUCAUUAAUAUGAUUGAAAACUUUGAUAGCAUGCCACUUGCCAAAAUUCAUAACAUGUUGGCAAUGUUUGCUCUUGAUCCUUUACCUCCAUUCGACAAAUCACUUUCUGAACUGAGUUCAUUCUUGAAUAUCCUUGUAAAGGAAGAAGUUCUGGAAUGCGACGGGGGAGAAUAUAAAAUCAAAAGAUGA